AUCUGAUUUGAUUCAGGAUUUUGGAUUAAACAACGAUAAAAUCAAAAUCAGUUCUGUUUUGAUUGGAAUUUUUUAUUUUUGUUUUGUUUUUCAUUUACACUUUCAUAAUCAUUGGCCGUAAAAAACAACAUUAAUAAAUUUUGUGAAAUUGAACAUGGAAUUAAAUUUCAUCUUUCUAUUUUUUCUGUUUCAAUCAUCAUUAUUAUUUAUUGUCGAUGGAAAAUCACAAUUCAAUCAUCAACGACAACAGCUGCAACGAUUUCAGAAAUUAAAUUUCAAACUAAUGAAUAGUACCGAAAAAAAUGUUGCCAUUCCGUUGAUCGAGAAUCAAAAUUGGAUAUGUUCAUUCAUACGAGAUAAUUGUGGUAUAAUUAAUCAAAAAUUAUUAAUGAAUUUUACCUUAAUAACCAAUGGAACUUUAUGCAAUGAACGUGGUGUUUAUAUGCUUAAUAUUGAACCAACCAGACGGAGUCGAGGUUCUCGUCUAAUAACUCCUUAUUUUCAAACAAGUUUUUCACUUAAAUCAUCAUGGUAUCAACGACGUUGUUUAAAAUUACGUUAUAUGGUGUUUGGUGAUAAUGUUGUCGACAAGAUUAUCAUCUGGCAACAAGAUAUGGCCAAUCGAAUUAUUUGGCAAGGUCGACCAAUUUCCGAUGGUCAUUGGCAAACUAUACAAAUUCAUUUAAAUUUUCUUCCAAAAAUUGCAAGCCGAUUUUUCAUCGAAAUACAAACUUUAUAUGCAACCGGAUUCUUUGCAUUGGCAAAAAUUAGCAUCGAAAAUUAUUGCGGUAAUAAAUGAAAAUGAUUUUGAAAAAGAAAAUUAAUU